UCAAGAGAGAAAAGGAUCAUUCAUUGUGGAAGUUGUGGUGAAGCUGGGCAUAACACAAGGAGCUGCAAAAAUGUUGGAGUUAUACCUCCAAAGAAAGGCAAAGGGAAGACCACGGAAGAUGGAUGUGAAGGACCAAGUCAACCAACUCAAAGCCAAGUCAUUGACUAACAUGUCAGGGAAUGAAGGAUUAAUGGUGUUUUAGUUUAUGAAAUCUGGGAUUUUGAUUUAUUUUUGGAUGUAAAACUCAGAUUAUGAUGUAAUUUUGGAUUAAAGUUUGGAUUCUAUU